AUGGCCUCCGUCUGCAAGGCUUGUGAAGACCCCCUGGUCAUUAGCAUCGAACCAGACAGCGAUAACGAGGGCCAGGUCGGCGAGGAACCUCAGAAUGUCCCCGAUGACCUGGAGUUGCCCUGCGGAUGUCACUUUCACUGGCAAUGUCUCCUGGAUCAGUCUGCAGAGAUUGCCAUCUCUCUCAACUGCCCGUCCUGCCAAAAAUACCUGCCAACAAACCAGCAGGGCCCCUCCGUCACCAACCCUUUCUUGCAUACCCCCCCUGGCACCGCCAUCUUGACCCGCUACGUCAACGAGGGCGGUCUGCAGGAUGGCCUCGACAUCCUGCCCAACAUCACCGAGGAAGCUUACUUGGACGCCCACCCGGAGGCCCGUCCCGCCCGCGCCUACCACCUCAUGUGCUCCGAGGGUGACGUCCAGGGCAUCGUUGAGCUUCUGCAGGAUGCCAACGAGGAGCUGGCCGGCGACGUCGCCCAGCUGGGUCAGCUCAUCCGCUACCAGGAUCCCUUGGCCGGCGGCAAGAGUGCCCUCCACGUCGCUGUUGAGAAGUCCCAGGAGGAGGUCGUCUGGCUGCUGCUCUGGAUUGCCUCGCCCGUGCCCACCGACGUCUUUCCCCAGUCCGCCCGCCAGGCGGCCGAGGCUCUACAGAUCGUUCGCCUGACCAACGACAACGCCGAGGACAUUCGGGCUCUGCGCACCGAGGCUGGCCAGACCGCCGAGGAUGUCGCCAGGAGCAUGCCCGCGCGCUGGGCUGCCCUCGUCGAUGCCGGUAUUCUGCGUCCAUAG